AUGUCUGCUCAAGCAGACCGAGAGGGAAGUGAGUUUGAGCACGGGCGAAUCCGUGAGCUGCAGGAGCAGCGCAUGGUCGUGCAGAAGAAGACCUUCACCAAAUGGAUGAACAACGUUUUUAAGAGGAACCAGGUUAACGUGGAGCUGGACGAUGUCUACACGGAGCUUAAGACCGGAGUACACCUUGUGUGUCUGUUACAGCUCAUCUCCAAGGAAAAGUUGCAAACCCCAACCCGACGAACUCUGCGUGUACACUGCUUGGAGAACAACGCCAUUGCGAUAAACUUUCUUAAAACUAAGAUCAGAGAGGUUCUGAUUGGCCCAGAGAAUGUUGUGGACGGGGACCGGACCUUGAUCCUCGGCCUGCUUUGGAUCAUAAUUCUACGAUUCCAGAUCGGUUCCAUUAACACUGACGAGCUGGACGGAGCUGGCAGUAAUGUCCGGCGUUCGGCUCGAGAAGCACUGCUCAUCUGGUGCCAGCGGAAGACAGCCGGUUAUGCCAACGUAAACGUGCAAGACUUUUCUGGCAGCUGGAGGGACGGCCUGGCAUUCAACGCCUUGAUCCAUGCUCACCGGCCAGAUCUGUUCGACUAUCGGCGACUGAGGGAGGAUGAACCCGCGCGGAACCUCACCCACGCGUUUACUCUGGCAGAACAAGAAUUUGGGAUCGUCCAGCUGCUGGACGUAGAGGAUGUCAUGGUUCCCCACCCGGACGAGAAGUCCGUCAUGACCUACGUUUCACUGUACUAUCACUAUUUCUCUAAGAUGAAACAGGGCCAGACCAUUCAGAAGAGACUUGCCAAUAUUGUGGGUCUUUUGAUGGAACUGGAUGACAUGAAAAAGCAGUACGAGGCCAUGGUAACCAAUCUGCUACGCUGGAUCAAGACCAAAAUACUGGAGCUUAACGACCGUUCUUUUCCAAAUUCCCUGAGAGACAUGCAGAGGCUGGUUACUGCAUUCAAAACCUACCGCACCGUGGAGAAGCCCCCGAAGUACCAAGAGCGGGGCGCCAUAGAGGCCCACCUCUUCAACCUGAGGACCAAGCUGAGAGCUAACAACCAAUGGGACUACGUGCCACCUGAAGGCAAAACGCUGAGCGACAUCGAGAAGAACUGGACCCUGCUGGAGCGCGCGGAACACGGGCGUGAACGCAACCUGCAGAGGGAGCUGUUGAGGCUGGAGCAGCUGGAGCAGCUUGUGCAGAAGUUCAGCCGUAAAGCAGGGCUGAGAGAGAGCGAUCUGGAGGGGACGCUGGAGCUGAUUCAGGCGCAGGACGUGCGGGACUUGCAGAACCUGGAGGAAGCCCAGGCGGCCGCCCGCAGGCUUGAGGCACUGAGCACUGACGUGAUGAUGCGAGAACCGCGGUAUCAGGCGCUCAGCGACAUGGCAGCUAAGAUCGAGAGGGAGAAUUACCACAGCAAGGCGCAGGUUGUCCGCAGGCAGGUGGAGAUUUCUGAACGAUGGAGAACCCUUCUCCAUCAGCUUCAGGUGCAGAGAGACCUGAUCGCUGAUAUUGUCAACACUCUCGCUCUGCUCCGGGAUGUUGAGCUAAUCUCUCAGGACCUGAGAGAAUUACAGGCCCUGGCGAGCUCUACAGAUGUGGGGAAGCAGCUGCCUGAAGUGGUGGCAUUGCUUCAGAAGCAGGACCUGCUGGACACGCAGAUCUCCUCGCAUGGAGAAACACUGAGUGCCAUCAGCAAUAGUGCCUUAAAGGGGAAGUACAGAGAUGCCCCUCGGGUCCAGAGCAAAGUCCGAGAGCUAAACGUCCAAUACAACUCGCUAAUGACCCUCAGCAAGAACAGGAGGAAAAUUUUGGAGGGGCAGUUGAAACUCUUUGAGUUUUUCCAUGACUGUGAAGAAAUUGAAGCGUGGAUCUAUGAGAAAUGGUUCCUGGUUCAAACGACAGGUCUCGGUAGAGACCUCAGCCAAAUACAACAGGCCAUUCAGAAACACAAGGCUCUUGAGGUGGAGGUCCAAGCCCAGGAGUCUGUGUGUUCUGGUGUUGUGACCAGAGGCAAAGCUCUGUGCAGCAACAGACACCCUAACGAGAGAGACAUUCAGAAAUGGGUCAGAACCCUGGAGCGGCAGUGGCAGCAGCUUCGGGACGAAGUGACCAAUCGCAGGAACCGACUGCACGCAGCCACCGUCAUAAAACAGUACUUUGCGGAUGCCGAAGAGUCAAAUUCGUGGCUUAGUGACAGGAAACCAUUGCUCACCAGUGAGGAUUAUGGCAAAGAUGAAGCAAGCACCAUCGCACUGCUACAGCGCCACCUACGGGUGGAGAAAGAGAUGGAGGCCUAUGUCCCUGAGGUUAAGCGACUAGCAGAACAAGCCAAGAGUGCCUCCCAGCUUACCGCACUUACAUCCGAACUCCAGCAAAGUAAAAUGGUCCAGUACAGUGACUCUUCAGAUGAAGAAAGUGAGAACACAAGGGAGAGAGGAAGAAGAAGAGUCUCUAAGACACCAGAGGUUACAGCCAAGAUCAGAUUCAGCUACAAAGGGAUAAAAGCACCGUUUGAACGUGGGGAGCUGGUGGCUGUUCUCAGCAAACACGAUGACAAGCUUUUAGUGAGGAACAAAUACGGCACUGAGGACUUUGUGCCCACGACUUACAUUACAGAGCUGUCGUCCACUGUGAGUCCGCCAGCGUCUACCAACGGCACGACGGACAGCCCGCCGCGGAGAGUGAGCCGGCCCCGCCGCUCGCGCUCGAUGCGACGCGGCACGGCCGAAGUCUCCAUCGCGUUGCUGCCCGACCCGCACUAUCAGAGAGACACCAUAGAGAGUACACAGUCCAGCCUGGAGGAGGACUUCAACAGACUGUAUCAGCUAGCAAUGGCUAGGAAAAAGAUCUUGGAGGAGACUGCUUUAUUACACCGUUUCUAUUAUUCCUGUGAUGAAUUUGACUCCUGGAUGGGGGACAAAGAGAACAUCCUAAACACAUUCAGCUCAAAGUCUGACAACAUAGAGGUGGUGCAGGCCAAAUAUGAGAAUUUCCUGACUGAGUUGGCCAGUGGGAAGAACCGGCUUGAUGACAUCACAAGCCUGGGGGAGGAGCUUGUGAAAAACAAACACAGCAAAAAGAGAGAGAUACAAGCCAGGCAAACACAAGUCACUCGCAGAUGGGAUCGCAUCCAGAAGCUGAAGGACGAGAAGGGCCAUGAGUUGCUCAGCUCGGCGAACGUCCAGUCCUUUCUCCAGAACUGCGAGGACGCACGAUCUCAGCUCCUGGAGAAGCUGUCCCAGCUGGAGCACACCGAUGUGGGCACAACUGCAUCCGCUCUUCAGGCCGAGGAGCGUAGCCAGGCCCAGUCUGAGAGAGACAUCCAAGCGCUCGAGAGGAAGAUCGAGUAUCUGAAGAGCGUGGCCAAAAUGAAACAGGACUGCAGUCCAGAAGAGAGUGCCGCUAUCAUGAAGGAGGUUCGGGCUUUGGAGAAGCUUCUAGAACAAGUCAGACAUCAGGCCCGGCAGAAACAGAAUAAGUUAGAGGCGGCUCGACGCUUGCAUCACUUCCAGAAAGAGAGCAGAGACCUGCUGCUGUGGGCAGAAGCCCUUCGGGAAAGACUGGUGGAGGAGGAGAACGCGUCCGACGUAGCGUCUGCCCAGGAUUUGCUCAAGAACAACCAGGAGCUACGACUGGAGAUCGAUCAGCAGAGAGGAAGGUUGAAAGAAAUUGAGAAACUGUGCGAGAUUUUGGAAAAGGACGGCUCUCCGGAAGCGCAGAGGACGCUGGCUAAGUUAAAGGAGGAGUGGGCCACUCUGGACAAGCUCUGGACCCUUCGGAACCGGAGACUGGAGCAGGAGCUGGAGCUGCAGAAGCUGAACAAGGAGGCGGACCGAAUCGAAGCCGCGCUCUCCGGCCACGAAGCGAGACUGAAAGUGAAAGAUUUGGGGGAUUCGGUGGACGGGGUGCACAGUUUGUUGGGCAGACAAGAGGAGGUGGAGGGCUUACUGAAAGCUCUGGACCAGCAAAUCACCGUCUUUCAAGACAAAUGCCAAGAGCUUGUCAGCAAAGGGCACUUUGCUUCCAAACAGAUUCAGCAGAGGUCACGAGCCAUUCAUGAGCGUAACCUGAAACUUAAAGAGAUCAGCCGACAGAGGAGGCUGGAGUUACUCGCCUCCAGAAAGUACCAGGAAUUCCACCGUGAUGUGGAGGAGAUGCUGCUGUGGAUGGAAGAGAAGUUUAAGAUAGCAGAAGACGAGUCGUACAGAGACCCCACUAACAUACUGCGCAAGCUGAAGAGGCACGAGGCGGCAGAGAAAGAGAUGCAGGCCAACCAAGUCCGUCUAGACAAACUGCUCCAGGUGGGGAAUGAAAUGUUGCAGGAAGAUCACCACAGCGGCCAGGGCAUCCAGAGGAUCCUGCGACAGCUGCGCAGCCGUUGGACGGAGCUGCAGACCAAGAUGACGGAGAGGGGAGACAAACUGAGGCAGGCCGGUCAGCAGGAGCAGCUCAUGGAGCUACUGCAGGAUGCAAAAGUUAAGACCGAGACUAUCCAGAGGAUGCUGCAACACGCCGCGAAAGGUCACGACCUCCGCUCUAGCCGUCAGCUCCUCAAAGAACACAAGCAGCUGGAACAGGAAGCGCAGGAGCUGGCAGACAAAAUCAACUCGAUCGUGACGCGAGCCAAACACCUGGCGACCAACCACUUUGACUCACAGAGGAUCCUUCAAGAGACAGAUAAAUACCUCAAGCUGUUCAAAUCUCUAGAGAAGCCGCUGGAACAUCGUCGAAGCCAACUGGAGGCAGCAGUUGCCUUGUACAGCUUCUACCACGACGUGGAUUUAGAACUUAGCUGGAUCUCCGAACAUCAACCUCUAACUGACAGCAGUUACAUCAAAUCCCUUGCUGGAGCCAUAAGCCUGUUGCAGAAACACAAAGAGCUGCAGGCAGAGGUGAACGGCCAUAGUCAGUACCUGCAGAAGAUUCUGGACAGAGGUAAAGCCCUGUUCCGGUCCAACUCGCAGGACGGAGACCAGGUGCGGCAGAGAUGCGAGCACCUCGUCGAGGAGUGGGAGGCGCUGGAGGACGCGUGUGAGACGCGUACUGUCAGCCUCAACAAGGCCGUCACUCGAGAACAGAUCUUACUGGACUGCACAGAGCUAGAAACCCGUUUCUCUGAAACCUUAGCCCUGGUCAGCUCGGAUUAUGGCAAAAACGAGCUGGCCACACAGAGCCUUCUCAAACAGCAUCAGGGAGUAGAGGGCCAGAUUGAAGUUCUGGCAGCCCAGGUGGAUGAGCUGAAGUCCAGGGUAGACCAGGCCUCACGAAUGUGGGGCCUGGAGGAGGUGAAUCGACCUUUCGCUCGGGUCAGUACCCAGCUAACGGAACUUCAGCACGCAGCAACAAUCAGGAACCAGAGGCUGAAGGAGGCUCUUCACCUGCAUGAGUUUAAGCGUGAGUCAGGUGAGAUGGAGGACUGGAUUACACAGCAGAGACAGAUUGCCUCCUCUGAAGACUACGGCAGCGACUAUGAACACAUACUGCAACUUCGUGCCAAAUUCGAGGUGUUCCUCAAACAGUUGGAAGUGGGUUUUGAGAGGAUGCGCACGUGCAGCAGCCUUACAGACAAACUGGUGAAGAAGAACCAUCCAGAAACACGGCUCAUCAGAGAGACCCAGGCCCAGCUCAGUGAGUCGUGGGAAGAACUGCAGGAUUUGGCCAGGGAUCGCAAAAUGAAAUUACAGCAAUCUGAGGAAUGUCACAAGUUCUACAAGGACCUGACUGACGCUCUGGCCCAAAUCGAGGAAAGGCGUAAGAGCAUUCCGGACGAUAUCGCCAAAGACCUGCAGGGGGUGCUGUCUCAGCUACGCAAACACGAGGCCCUGGUCCACGAGCUCACAAGCAAUGAACAACAGCUACAGGAGCUGCUGGACAGUACGGACACCAUCCUGGACCAGUGCUCUCCAGACCUCAGGCGGAAACUGCAACGCCAGCAGCAGGAUGUGGUGGAAUGCUGGGAGCAGUUACGUGUACACAUGGAUCAAAGAGAAGAGGAACUCCAAACAACCAAGGAGCUCUACUUGUUUUUCAACACAGCCCAGGACUACUCCCUGUGGUGUUCCCAGGUAUUGAGCGGGAUGAAGGCGGAGGAGUCAAUUCGGGAUGUCGCCACCUGCAGCCUGCAGCUGGCACAGCACCAGCAGCUGUGGGCGGAGAUCGAAGCUCGUGAGAAGAUUUAUGCCCAGGCUGUGAGCAUGGGUCAGGACAUACAAGAGCAGUACCCUCCUCACUCCAGAGAGGUUCAGGAUAAACUGAGGGUCCUACAGGAAGAAAGACAGAACCUGCAGGAACACUGGGAGAAGAAGAGGAGAUGGUUGGACCUGACCUACCUGGAGCAGGUUUUCUACAGAGACACCGAACACAUGGAACUGAUCACCAGCACCCAGGAGAUUCAGCUGAAGAACAGCGAUUUGGGCGCGUCGGUGGAUGAAACAGAGACGCUAAUCAAACGCAACGACGCGUUUGAAAAACUCAUCAGCGCUCAGGAAGACAAGAUGAUCUCUCUUCAGGAGCUAGCUGACAAGCUGAGGAGGGCAGACUUGAACCAAGAGAAAGACAGUCACAUUAAGAUCAAACUCAAAGCCCUGAAGAAGAGGAGAGAGAGGAUAAUGGAGCUGUCAGUCAAACGGAGGGAGGAACUUCACAGCUCCAGACUUAUCUGCAUCUUUAACAGGGACGCCUCUGAGGCUGAGGAGUGGAUCGCAGAACGCAUGCAGAAGCUGAAGGAGGACUCAAAGAUGGACCUGAGCAACCUGCAGACCAAAAUGAAACUGCUGCAGAAACACCAGGUGUUUGAGGCCGAGAUCCUGGCCCACGGAAAAAUCAUUGACUCCAUAGAGAAGGCAGGAGAUGAACUAGUGUCCAUGCAUCACCCCAGAUCACAGGAAGUGAAACGGACCGUGUCCACUCUGAUCGCACACUGGCAGGCUCUAAAACAGGCCGUCUCAGCCAGAGGGAAACUUCUGGAAGAAAACAGGGACUUUCUUGAAUUCCUGCAAAAAGUUGAGGAGGUUGAAAUGUGGAUCAGACAAAAGGAGGUGAUGAUAAACAUCGGUGACGUUGGUGAAGAUUAUGAACAUGGUCUUCAGCUGUUGAAGAAACUGAAUGAGUUCAGAGGCACAGGCUCUGGGGAUGUGACCAUGGAUGACGCUCACGUCAAAACCAUUAACAACCUGGCCGCCCGACUGGAGAGACAGAACUGCAACGAUUUGCACACUGUGAAGAAGAGAAAGCAGGAACUCAACGACAGAUGGAGUCAUUUCCAUGGAAACCUCAGCAAUUAUAAGAGAAAGUUGGAGGCGGCGUUGGAGAUUCACGCUCUCAUAAGAGAGCUGGAGGAGAUCAGAGAGAGAGCCAGCGAAAAAAUGCUCAUGUUGCGGGGGAAAGACUUUGGCACAGACGUUGAAAGCGUUGAGAAUCUCAUUCGACGACAUGAAGAAACGGAACGGGACGUUGGAGUCAUCCAUGAAAGAGGAACUGCUUUAGAUGAAGAGGUGACACAUCAACUCAGGAACCGUACUGUUCUGUCUGACAAACUUCUGAAAAAGCAGAAAGAAGUGAACACUGCUUUAGUGAAUCUGGAGAAAGAAGUCAAACUCAGGAAGGAAAGACUACAGGAAGCUCACCAGCUGCAGCUGUUUAAGGCUAACCAGCGCCUCCUGCUGGACUGGACCCUGAAGCAGAGCUUGGAGAUGGAAAAGAAAGGACUGCCAAAGAACAAGACCGAAGCAGAGAUCCUCAUAGUAGAACAUCAGGACUGGAAGACGGAGAUAGACGCUCGUGGGGAGCGGAUUGAUUCUGUCAGGAGCUUUGGACAGAGUCUAGUGAACUCUGGACACAGUGAUUCAGCCGAGAUUAACAAAGCUUUGACCAAACUCGAGAAUGCCAAGGCAGAGCUGAAUCAAGCAUGGGAAAGCAGGAGGAACACUCUAGAACAAGCCCUUGGGCUCCAGAUAUUCUUUGGCUAUGUGGAACAGUGUGAAAGCUGGCUAAGUAACAAGGAAGCCUUCCUUGCCAACCAGGACCUUGGUGGUUCUUUGUCAGAGGUGGAGGCUCUUCAGAGAAAGCACAUCUUGUUUGAGAACACUCUGGAAGCUCAGAUGGAACAGGUGGAAGCAGUGGAGAGAUAUGCCCAGCAGCUUACCCAGGAGAACCACUUUGACUCUGCCAACAUCAAGAACAAAUGCAAGGCUGUUGUGCUCAGGAGAGACAAAUUGCUGGAGAUGAGCAGAUCUCGACGGAUUACUCUGGAGGAAUCCCUGCAUCUCCAGAAAUUCUUGGAAGGCAGCUAUGAGGUGUACUCCUGGCUGAAUGAGAAAAAUGCUGUAGCACUGGAUGAGUGCUGGAGGGACCCCAUCAACCUUCAGGCUAAGCUACUGAAGCAUCAGAGCUUUGAGGCAGAAAUCCUGGCCAAUCACAACCGAGUGGAGGCUCUCAUGAAGGUUGGAGAGAAGAUGUUAGCGGACGGUCAUCAUGCUAAAAACAAGAUCAAACCAAGGCUGAGGGAUCUGAAUGACACAUGGGAGCAACUUCAGAACAACUGCAAGGAAAAGAAGUCACGUCUACAGCAGGCUUAUCAGGCUUUACAGUUCCAGCGUUCUCUGGAUGACAUUGAGGAGUGGUUGAUGUCAGUAGAGACUGAAGUCCACAAAAAAGACUGUGGCAGCGACCUGGCCUCUGUCAGCCGGCUACUAAAGGACUUGCACGGCCUAGAGGAGGUAGUGGAUGGUCAUCUGGACCGUGUUCAGGGUCUAACGGAGACAGCCAAGGAAUUCAGCUCCCAGGGUAACUUCCUGGCUGAUGAGAUCCAGCAGAGAGUCUGGGAGACCGUGAAUAGGUACAACGGUUUGGCUGGGCCUCUGCAGGCACGCCGGGAGACUCUGGAAUCAUGGCAGCUUCUGUUCCAGUUCUACCGGGACCUGGAGGAAGAGCUGACCUGGACAGAUGAUAAGCUGCAGGCUACAACAUCUAAAGAUUUGGGUUCCUCUCUCCAGACCACUCAGGCUAUGGUCAAAAAUCACAAGGUGGUGAUGGAGGAGAUCACCAGCCGUACGCCGUUAGUGCAGGCUGUGCUAGAGGCGGGAAAAAACCUGGUGAGAGGAAGACACUUUGCAUCACGCGAGAUCAGUGAGAGACUAGACGAGCUGAAGAAGGUCUUUGAGGAUCUGAAGAAGGAGUCUGAGAACAGGGGUCAGCUUCUUCAGGAAGCACUGAAGAUUCAGAUGUUUCUCUCAGAGAUAUCAGAGCUGGAAGUCUGGAUGGAAGAACAGAGGCCUGUGUUGGAGUCUAGAGAUUUUGGGAAGAGCGAAGAGACCACAGAGGCUCUCCUCAGGAAGCUUGACCCAAUUGACCUGGAGUUGGAAAACCACAGAGUGAAAUUGGACUCAAUGGAGGAGACAGGGGCUCAACUGGAGAGAUAUGGACAUCCCAACAGCUAUUUGAUCAGGAAAAGUCUUCCAGACGUGCAGGGUAAGUUUCAGGCUCUGCUGGAGCUGUCAGCGAAACGUCGAGCCGCUCUGGAAGAUCAGUACAACCUCUACGUGUUUGAGAGGGAGGCCAGAGACUUACAGAACUGGCUUCUUUCCCGUAAGACCACCGCUGAGUCUGAAGAUUUUGGACAGGAUCUGGAGGAUGUUGAGGUGUUACAGAAGAAAUUCGAGGAUUUCACCACAGAGGUGAGCACAUUGGGCAAGAACAGGCUAGGAACGGUUCAACAGCUUGGACACAAAGUCAAGUCCUCAGAAGCCCAGCAGAAAGAAAAGGCUCUACUGAAGCUAUGGGAUGAUGUAAACAAGAUGAUGAAACUUCGAGCAGAGAGCCUGCGGUCAGCGCGGGAGGUCCAUCAAUUUGACCAUGAUUUGGAUGAGCUGAAGAGCUGGAUGAGUGAGAAGGAGGUAGUGCUUGAUGCUGAGGACCAAGAAACUGACUUGCUCAGCAUCCAGGCACUCAUACGACAACACGAAGGCCUUGAGAGGGAUCUGGCGGCCAUUAAGGAGGAAGUGUCCCGGACACAGACAGAAGGGCACACCUUGGUCAGGAAGUACCCACAGGUGCGGGAGAGCCUUACUGACCGACUGCGGGAGGUGGAGGAUUGCUGGACCAGUCUGCAGGGCAAAGCCAGCCAGCGUAGGCAGCGGCUACGUCAAGCUGAAGCUGUGCAGAAAUACCUCACUGAAUGGAGAGAGCUCAUGGCGUGGCUGAAGGAGACUUUGUCUCUGGUGACUGGGGAGGGACAAGGAGUUGAAAGUGGAGAUCUGGAGCAGCUAUUCAAAAGGCACGAGGAAUAUCACACUCAGAUCGGCAAGCAGCUCGACAAAUCAGAGGCUGUGAAAAACGAAGGGAGGAGGCUCAUGGAGGAGUGUAACUUCGCGCACCACGAGUUGGAGGAUCGCUUAGCGGAGCUUCAGGAGCUGGAAACUCGGGUGGAGCAGGCCUGGGCGGAACGCAAAGCUCUGUACCAGGAGCUGCUGGUGCUGCUGCAGCUGCAAAGAGAGCUGGAGCAGGCGGAACACUGGCUAAAUACAUACGAGAGUGCGGUCAAAGGCCAGGACUACGGGGACUCUCUUUCAGACGUGCUUGAGUUGAUGAAGAAGCAUGAAGACCUGGAGGCCAUGAUCCAAGCCCAGAGCGAGCGAUUCAAUGCUUUGAAUGAGAGAAAAGCCUUGAUAGAGGAGAGUCUGGGUGUCAGCGUGUCUGAGAUUACAUCCAGGAAGAAGCCAGGGCGUGUGAGCUCACUGAAGAGGAGUCCCUCUGACCGUGCUCCGAACGUGACCCCAUGGAGGUCCACAGUUAGUCCAGUUAGGAGGAGGGACAGUCGUGGCAGAAACGAAGAGGCAAAACCCGUGAGGCGAAACAGCAGUGGCAGAGUGGACUUGACAUCGUUGCGUGUCGUCAGCGGACUUAGAAGGAGUGACAGUAAUGGCAGCGACGUCGCGACUUCUUUGGUUUCCCAGAGUCUCUCUGUCACUUCCUCUGGUACCUCUCCGGAAAGUCACGUCCACACUCUGGAAGAUUCUUCCUCAUCAGGUUACAAAUCCCGUCUGAGCCCCCAACAGUCCGAGUCUCAGCAGAUUAUUGCACCUGAGGAUGGGUUCCUGUCUACUACACCCACCAGCUUGGCUGAGGAGCUCACUCCGCCUGUUGUCGCCAAGCAUUUGGUGUUGAGUCCAGCGAGCCCUGAUGAAUCAACGCCAAGCCCCCCAAUGACACCAUCCCGUCAGAUCCCCUUUGAACUCACGGAAACAGACUUUUUGUCAGUCAAAACCUCUCCCAUUCAGGACCUUGUUCCACCAACUCCACCCCCAUCUCCCAAACUGGAUGACCAACCAGAGGAGGAAUUUCCAACUCAACCACCUCCAACUUCUGAGGUACGAGGAGAGCCUGCUCAAAUGGAGGGAGUGUUAGAGCUGAAACUAAAACAGGUAGGGAUUAAAGUAAGCGAUCAAUGGGAAACCGUCUACGCUGUGCUGGAGGACCAAACACUCAGUGUGUUUAAAGACGAGGAUGCAGCCACACAGAGAUGUGUUCGAAUCCCCCCCAUUGACUUGAAUAAAGCAGUGUGUAAGGAUAACCGUUACUACAGGAGAAAGGACCACACCUUCAGGGUCCUACUGGAUGAUGCAAGUCAAUAUAUGUUUGCUGCCCCCAACCCCGAGAUGAAGCAAAAAUGGAUGGAUGAACUACAGAAUUGCACCCAUGCAGAAACCGCAUCAAGGGAUUCUGGGGUGAGCGAUAUGUUCAGCAAAAAGGAGACACAGAAGCUGAAUGACUCAAAACCUACUGAUGAAGUUGAGUCAGUGGUGGCUACUGCUGACUCAGACCUUAAAAAUGGUAGGUUCCUCUUCACUGCAGAGCCGUGGCCUCGUGUUCAUUUUCAGUAUGAGAGCAACAGGGAGACGUGGUCCCCUGAGGGGCAGGCGUGUUCCACAGAGACGUAUGUGAUGGAGAGAGGACCCCCGCCCAAGCCUCCUCACACAUACUACAACAUUCACCGCUACCCAGAGGGAGGAGAGAACAGAGACGUUGUGAGUGUGACACAGAGUGAGAGAACUCAACAGAGAAACCAGCCGCCGUCUGUGUCCCCCCCUCCCCCCCCAGAUGUCCCAUCUGUACCCCCUCUUCUUCCUCCCGAAACUCGGACAGAGAGUGCAACUAAGGACAAGCCCAAAAACAUGAAUGCCAUAAAGAAAUGGUUCAAGAAACAUUAG